CGUCGCUUCCGGUGGUAAAGGGAUUUCCGUCAACAACACAACUAAAUUUGAUCAAAUCAUCAAUGACGAGCAGAAACGGGUUAUUCGUGCUCUGUUAAGCUCGCUGGAAAGUGUCAAAUAUAUAUUUUCAGUUUUCACACCUGCUCUACAAGCUUCACACUGAAGCGUGAUGAACUCUCAGGCGGUGCGCAGGGGCUUCAGCGUCCAGCAGUCUGACCUCAUGUGUAAGAAGGGAUGCGGUUUCUAUGGUAACGCCGUCUGGCAGGGCCACUGCUCCAAAUGCUGGCGAGAGCAGAACCAGUGUACGAGAGCCAAGCAGAUCGAGGAGGACCGGGCCCUGGCCGAGAGGUUACAGAGAGAGGAGGAAGCCGCCUAUGCCAGCAGUCAGGAGGGGGCGCAAUCUCGACCCGCAUCCUCCAGGACGAACAGCGUUCCCAUGGUGAAGAGGCUCUUCACACCCGCUCCCAAAACACCCGCGCGGAGAGAUGCAGGAUCUUCACAGACGUCCGUGAGCCAGAGCUCGUCCCUCAGCCGACAGCCCAGCGCAGAGACUGACCACGUCACGCAGCACUUCAUCGACUUCCUCAAGACCUUCCAGAGACCUGGAUAUGAGAUCUUCAAACAGUGCCACGCCUUCACUGAGAAUAUCGCUCGCAAAAAGGUUGCUGUCUGUGACGAUCUCUCAGACUCUGUGCAGGAUUUCUAUCAAAACAUGUCCGAAUACCUUCAGACCAACUUUAAAGGCUCUCCAGAUGUGAUGGAGACUGUGAUGGAGGAGGUGGAGCGCUAUGUGAUGGGCCGUCUGUACGAGCAGCUCUUCUGCCCGGAGCACACAGACGACGAGAAGAAGGACCUGGUCGUCCAGAAGAGAAUCAGGGCUUUGCACUGGGUGUCCAUUGAGAUGCUGUGUGUCCCAGUGGACGAGCAGAUCCCUAAAGUAUCGGACAGUGUGGAGAGAGCCAUAACAGAUCUGAUUGACUUGGACUCUAAAAAGGUUCCUAAGGAGAAGCUGGCGUGCGUCACCAGGUGUAGUAAACACAUCAUGACUGCCAUCCAGGGCAGUAAGAAAGCUGCCGCCUCAGCAGACGACUUCCUGCCCACUCUCGUCUAUAUAGUGCUGAAGGCCAAUCCGCCCCGAUUACACUCCAACAUCCAGUACAUCACCCGCUACUGCAACCCCAGCCGCCUCAUGAGUGGAGAGGACGGAUAUUACUUCACUAACCUAUGCUGUGCCGUGGCGUUCAUCGAGAAGCUGGAUGCGCAGUCGCUGAACCUGAGCCAGGAGGACUUUGAGCUCUACAUGUCUGGUGCGGCGUCUCCAUUGGGCCCCAAGGCCGCUUCCUCCGGCCACAGCUCCCUGAGCGGCUCUAGAGCUGUAGCGAGCAGCACGAGCGUCCCGCCGCCGGACAAGAGGAAGGACCUGCCGUCGGGGGUUCGACAGGAGCGGAGAGCAGAGGAGCCUCAAGCUCUGGAGGCUGACCUCAUCGAAUGGAAGGAAGGGCAGGAACUCUCUGUGCUGGGCAUUUUGGAAGCGGCUCCUGUACGGACACGCACCUCUGCCACCUUCACCAUCGACUCGGACAACAUUGGCAGCGACAGCCUGCCUCCUCCGUUACAGCCGCAGAAGUUUGCUAGCUAGCUCCCAUCUGAACCGGCCGCAGACUGACAGUAACGGGCGACUCGUCCCCGCAGGGUAGUGAUGGUGUCUGGAUCCGCAUCACGACGCUCAAGCGUUCGAACUUCGGUUCUCUAUGCGGUGAUCGGCAGUCAGGUUUGGCUUAUGUUUUACUCCAAAGUACAAAGAAAAGAAUUUGAGAAUUUUAAGUAUAGUUUUAUGACCAUUACGAUUUUUUGUGUCAUUGUGAAAAAAUAUAUUACUUGACAUUAUGAAGUAUUUAUAAAUCAGGGUGGUUUCUGCUGUACUGCUUUUAAUUUGUGUAAAUAUAAAUGUAAAAAAAAAAUCAUUCAGUGAUGAGAAUGAGAAUAAAUAACUGUUUUGAAAAUAAUGUUACAAUGCCAAAAAAAAAACGUAAUAGUCCCAGAAAAUAAGUUUAAUUUCUUCAUAAUUUAUAUUUCUUAUUAUUUUGUUUACUCUGGGAAUGUUUUGAUAUAGAUAUUUAGAUUCUCUUCUGGAGUGUGAAAUUAGACAGAUGGAGGGUAUGAAUCAUAAAUAACCAUAGUUUUUUUGCACUGUUUUAACUGCUUUAUGCAAGCCACUGAAGUAUUAGAAUACAUAACUUAUUAGCAUAUAUCAUUAAUUUAAGUUUUUCCUCUGCUUCUCAAGUUUCCUGGCCAUUAUUAUUGGCAUUACUGGUCAUUUGAACAGAGAAUUAAACUCAAGGGCAGAACCGGUGUGGCUUAGGGUUAUAUAUCAGCCCUGUCACUCAAAACCUGCUGUAAUGUAAUAUUUCCUAUGGUUGCUGUCAUGCUAGGAUUGGUUACAGCAUGCUGUGAUGAAGAGUAAUUCUGCUACAGGCAAAGCUCGAGUCCCAGGUGUGGUUUAAUAGACACCAGCGCUUUAGUGAACAUGGAUUUAAUCAACAUUACAAAUUACUUAAAAAAAAAAAAAAAAUCAAAUAUUUAUUUUCUGUAUAUUUAUCUUUCCAGAAAUGCUGUUACAGAAUGGAAAAUAAAACACAUUUUAUUUUAUUUAGAGAGUUAAGCAAUGACUUUUUUAAAGCUACUGUUUGCCCCUUUAUUAUAUGAAGAAUAUUAAUUAUGCAUGCAGAGUUACAGUUUUGCUGUGGUAUGUAGUGUCCCAUUAUGGACAGAUUGUAACCUCAUUUAGUUAUCUAAAUGAUCUAGGUAUGAAACCAGAAAUAUGUUAUUUAAAAAUGAUAAAUAAAAUGAGCUACUGAAGGAACAGAAAA